AUGCAUUUGACGACCUGUGCAGACUACCUCUGCUUCUUUCGCGCCGAUUCUGCUGGAUGCGCGAGCCAGGCCCCAAAUGACAAGCCCUGAGCUGGCGUCCACCUCCGCAGCAAACAAGCAAUGAGCAGGCGGCCGAGCGCAGCGGAUGGCGACGCUGCGCCGGCGCGAGCCGGCACCGCGACCACCGCCACCGCAGCGCCAGCGACGGCAGCAGCGGUCAGGGGCCGCGGCGGCAAGCCCGCCACUCGCCCCAGUGGCGCCGCGCGCCGGCGGGCCAUAGCAAAGGCCGCCGCGGCCGCCGCUGAUCCCAAUGCGCCCACGGGAAUGCUUGCCGACGUCCUGCCAGACGGCGCCGCGCCGGCGGCCUUCGUAGGCACCGCCGGGCGUCAGAAGCGGCCGUUUGCGCUGUUGCCGUUCGCCUGGGCCGGGCUGCAAGUGCUGCCGCUGGCGGCGGCGGCGGCCGCCUCCGUCGCCGCCAUCCCGCCGCCGCUGCCCGGCAUGACGAGGAGCGCGGCGUUCCGGGUGUCGGAGUACGACACGCGCAGUCGGGCGGCGGUGGCGGCGAUGGACGCGGCGGUGGCGGCCGCGGCGGUCCGGGUGGGACUCGAAAGGCCGCACCCGCCCGGCGGCGAAGGGCCGCUCGCAGCACCCACGGACGCGCCGAUGCCGAUCCGAAGUCCGGAUCCAGAUCCGGAGCUGGAUUCGGAGCUGGAGGCGGCCCUGGAUCUGACCGACCUGGCGGUGCCGCUGCCGCCCGGGCUCGCCUUCUCCGGAUCCAGAUCCGGAUCCCAGCCGGCGCCCCAGCCCCAGCCUGGAUCCGGUGGUGAUCAAGAUAAUGCGGUUGCGUGUGCGGCUGCUGGUGGCUUGGUUGCUGGUGCCGGUGCUACCGGCGGCUUUCCUGCUGCUGCUGACAAUGAGGGCCCGGCGGGCGGGAAGGAGCGCGGAGGCACGCACGGAGGCCCGGGGCCGGAGGCGGAGGCGAUGGAGGUUGGUGCCGCGGGGGGCGGCGCCUACGGCUACGCACCAGCGCCGGCGCCUGCAGCAGCGCCUGCAGCAGUCCCAACCGGCGCAAUGGAGGCGAUGGGGGCAGCAGCUGGGGGUGGUGUGGACAUGGACGUGAGGGCAGGCGGCGGCGGAGACACCGUGGGACCGGUGGCGGUGGCGGCGUCGGCUGUAGCAGCAGCAGGCGCAAUAGCAGGCGCAGACGCAGUAGCAGAAGCAGUAGCAGCAGACUUGGGAGCUGUGGACGCUAAGGCGGCAGAUGCAGCAGCAGUAGCGGAAGCAGCGGAAGCAGCGGAGGUGGCGGCGGAGGCGGGCGGGCGGCGGUCCAAGCGCCCGCGUGUGCUGCCGGUGCGGCUGCGGGAUGCGGUGCUACUGCCGGCCGCGGCGGAGGUCGCGGAGGCGAAAGGAGUGAAGGGCGAGAUGGAGUGGGAGGGGCCGCUGGGGGCGGCAGUAGCAUCCGGCCCGCUGUUCGGAACGGCAGUAGCAGCGGCAGGCGCAGCAGCAGCAGCAACAGGAGGAGGAGGAGGAGGAGGAGGGGAAGCGGGGCACCGCGGUCCGCAGGGGGCGCAGCUGCUACAGCCACAGCCGGCGGGUCGGCCCGGGCGGCCACGCAAGGCGCCGGCUGCGGCUGUAGCAGUGAAGGGAUCAGAGCAGGAGCGCCGGCGGCGGGAAGAGGAGGAGGCGGAGGCGCGGCGGGCAGAGGCGGCAGAGGCGGCAGAGGCGGCAGAGGCGGCGGCGGCGGCGGAAUGGUGGCGGCAGGCAACGGCGGCUGCAGGGUCGCUUGAGUGUUGGGCAGCUGUCCUGCCGAGCGCAGAGGAGCUUGCAGAGCAGGAUGCAGCAGCCGCUACUGCCGUCGCAGCUACUGCUGCUGCUACUGCGGCGGCGGCGGCGGAGGCGGCCGCUACUGCCGUGGCAGGUGGAGCAGCGGCGGCGGAGGGUGGCGGGCGCGGGGGCGCGGGGGCUGGCGGGAGAGGGCGCGGCAGGGGGAGGGGGAGGGGCGCAGGGAGAGGCAGGGCGGCGGCGGCAGCAGCAGCCACAGCCGCAGCAGUAAAGGCGGAGGAGGGUGCGGCGGCAGCAAACGCCGAGGAGGAGGUGCCAGAGGCGCGGGAGGAGGUGGAGGAGGCGGAGGCGGCUGUAGCAAUGGCACCGCACACCGGCGCCUACGGGACCGACAGCCCGGCUGUAGCAAGGGCGGUCAAGUCUCGCGCGGCGCCAGCGGCAGUAGCAACAUUAGCAGUAGCACCGGCGGCGGCGGCGGCGACAGCGGGCACCUCUGGAGGUGCGGGUGCAGGUACGUCGGGCGGUGCGCCUGCGGCGGCUGCGGCGGCUGCGGCGGCUGCGGCUGCGGCUGCGGGCGAGGUAGCGGCGGCCGCGCCCGGGCUUGACCCCGAGUUGCAUCGCGAGCUGGCGCGAGAGGAGGAGGCGCGGGCGGCGAGGUGGGCGGGGCACGAGCCGGACAAGAGGGAAGCAGCAAGAGAAGAGCACGGGGCAGUAGCAGCAGCAGCAGCUGUAGCAGCAGCAGGAGCGGCGGCGACGGCGCCGCCGCUGCCCCCCGCGGCGGCGGCGGCGGCGGAGCGCAUCUGUGCGGCGCUGCGAGGCGAGUCGUUAUUCCCGCCGCCGGCGGCGCCAGCCGCCGCCGCCGCCGCCGCCACCGCCGAUGCUGACGGUGGCGCUGCUGGAGGUCGCGGCGGCGAGGCGGGACCGCUGGCGGCGGCGGCGGCGGCGGCGGCGGCGGCGGCGGCGGCGUGGGAUCCGUCGCCCAGCCCGCCGCCGCCGUCGCCGCGGCGGCUGCUGGCGCUGGGCUGGCAGCAGGGGCAGCAGGGGCAGCAGGACGUGGAGGUGGAGGCGGCGCAAGAAGCGCCCGACCCGUCCCUGAAGGAGGAGGUGGUGGUGUGGGUGGUGGUGUGCGGCCCCGCCGCGCCCAACCUGCCGCACGAGGAGUGGAUGUGCCUUGGCUCCCAGACGCUGACGCAGCUGCGUGACGCGUUGGGCUGCGCGGCGGAGGACGCCAUGAGGCAGCUGCUGGCGGAGGCGGGGGCGGCGGGGGCGGCGGCGGGGGCGGGUGCUGCUACAGCCGCGGGGGCGGGUGCUGGGGCUGCUACAGCCGCAGGGGCGGGUGCUGGGGCUGCUACAGCCGCAGGGGCGGCGGGUGCUGGUGGUGAAGAUGGGAAUGGUGGGGUUGCAGGGGCCGGUGGUGCGGGUGCUGCAGCUGCAGCUGCUGCUGCCGGCAGUAGCAGGGGCAGAGGCCGGGGCAGAGGCAACCGCGGGAGCAACCGCGCAGCUGCUGCUGCUGCUGCCACCGCCGCCGCCGCCGCCGCCACGGGCACCACCGGCGCUCCCGCUGGCGCCGCAGCUACUGCCACCACCGCCGCCGCCGCUCCUACAGCCGCUGCUACUGCCGCCGCGCCCGAUGGCGCGGCUGGCGGCGGCGUGCUACAGCCGCUACAGCCGCUGCUGCCGCUACUGCCGCCCAGCCACGGCUCCUACCUCUACUUGGAGGGGCGCUUCUUCUCUGACACGCGGCGGGCGGGGGCGGAGGACUACGCCACGCCCAUUGUGGAGCUGUGCAGGGCCCACGGCGUGCGCCCCUCCUUCGUGCAGCCCGAGCGCGUGUGGCGCCCGCUGCUGCUCCGUGACCGGGCCGUGACCUUCCCGCCGCCCGCCGCCGCCGCCGCCACCGCCGCCGGCGGCGGAGGCGGCGCCGGAGGCGGCGCCGGAGGCAGCGCCGCGGGGGGUGCAGGGGGCGCGGCGGGGGGCUCGGGAGAAGGAGGAGGGGGCGGGGGCGGGGCAAGCAGCGUGCCGCCGCCGGCGCCCAUGCAGCACACGCGGCUGUACGACAUGACGCUUCGGGCCGCCAAUGUCCCUACGGGAAUAUUCUGCCACCGGGCGUGUUGCGAGCAUCUGGUGUUUAUUCGCGACGUUCGCAGGUGGGCCGCCGGCGAUCCGCCCCGCCGCUCCGCCUACCCGCUCCGCCUGCGCUCUCGUGGUCGCGCCGGCCUGCCGCUCGCGCGGCGGCGGUGCGGGCUGUGCGAAUGCCGCUGGGCGGAGCUGGUGACACAUGACGACCCGCUCGCACCCACCAACCCGGCGGUCAUGUGCAGGCGCUGCUUCGAGGCGCUUCACAUCGACCCACACGACGGCAGCCGCCUCGCGCCGCAGGUGGAGGUGGCCGCCUACAACGCCGCGCUGGACAACAGCGGAGCGGCGCAGACCCUUUACUGCUGGGCUUGGGGCCCGCCGCAGGCGCCGCAGCAGGCGCAGAAGAAGGAGUAGGAGUAGGAGUAGCAGUAGGAGUAGGAGGAACCGAGUGGGAGCAUUGAAAGUGGGAUGAGGAGCAGAAGAGUAGAAGAAGUAGCGCUAGCAGGGGCAGUAGCAGUAAGAGGAGCAGGGGCAGGGGCAGUUGCAGUAGCAGGGGCAGGGGCAGCAAGAGCAGGAGCAGGGGCAAUAGCAGUGCAGCAGCGGUGUGGGGACGCGUGACUGAGGUGUGGGAGUGGAGCGGGAUGUUGGAGGGGCCUUGGCUGGGGAAGUUCGAGUGCAGUAUGUCUGUAUGUGGCUGCGCGAUGAGGGCUCGUGCAGUGCUGAUGCCCGAGCUGCCAACGCAAACCCAGUUGGCACAGCAGGUCAGCAGGUCAGCAGCCUUGCGGUGUUACAAAAGAGGACAACCCG